UUUUCAAUUUUGAAAGUUCACCAACAGUUUCUUGGGAUAAAUAAACCUUUAUUUCCCUGCAAUUUAAUUACACACACUACUCUUAAUUUCAUUCGUAUUAUUUGAAAUCGUUAAUUAAAUGCUAAACUGAUUCUUAUCUCGCUGUUUUCCGUGACACAGAAGGCAGAACGUGACUCGUGACAGCACAUGACUGCAAACACAAACAGAAAGUAGACGUGACAAAAACAUGACGCUCUUCUCAGAUUCUGCAACAGAUGUUGCUUCUGUUUCAAAUUUCAGAGAGGUUGUUGUGACACAUUACCAUCUUGAUCUUGAUGUGAAUUUUGACAGAAAAGAAAUAGCAGGAGCUGUGAAAGUUGACUUUAAGUGUUGUAAAGAUUCAGGAAUUGUACAACUUGACAUCCAUGAAACACUAACAGUAAAAACUGUACAGAUUUCUGAUGGGGACAAAAAAAUUGAUUUACAGUUUGAGAAGAAACCUUUUUCAGGAUAUGGGUCAGAGUUACAAGUCAAGUUGAAUACAAAUGUGAAGACAGGUGACACCUUCAGUCUAUUUAUAACUUACGUAACAGGAGAUGGGCCUGGUGUGGUAUGGCUGGACCCAGAACAGACUGCAGGAAAGACAAAACCUUACUUUUACACACAAGGCCAGGCAGUUUUGAAUAGAUCUUUCUUUCCUUGUCAAGACACUCCUGCAAUUAAAUCAACUUAUAGUGCCAAUGUUAAGGUUCCAGAUGGGUUUACAGCUGUAAUGAGUACCAGUCAAAGAAAAGAGCCUGGUACUGUACCAAAUAUGUCUGGGGAAACAGAUAAUGUAUACUUUAACUUACCAUUUGCCAUUCCAGCUUACCUUGUAGCACUGGCAGUUGGAGAUUUACAGAGUGCUAAAAUAGGACCAAGAAGUCGUGUAUGGACAGAACCCUGCGUAUUGGAAAAAGCGAGAGCUGAAUUUGAUGGUGUUGUUGAAGAUUUUAUACAGACUGGAGAGAAAUUGUUUGGAACUUAUGUAUGGGAGACCUAUGAUAUAUUGGUGAUGCCACCAUCAUUUCCAUUCGGUGGCAUGGAGAACCCAUGUUUGACCUUUGUAACCCCGUGUUUACUGGUGGGUGACAAGUCAUUGACAGAUGUGGUCAUUCAUGAGAUUUCCCACAGUUGGUUUGGUAACCUUGUGACAAAUGCUAACUGGAGUGAGUUUUGGUUAAAUGAGGGUUUUACCAUGUUUGCACAGAGAAGAAUUAUGGACAAAUUGUUUGGUACAGCAUACACAUGUUUAGAAGCUGAGACUGGACUUGCAUUACUGCGACAACACAUGGAUGAUUCAGGAGAGGACCAUCCAUUGAACAGAUUACGAGUGAUCAUAGAACCUGGUGUAGACCCUGAUGAUACAUACAAUGAGACACCAUAUGAAAAAGGAUAUUGUUUUGUGUCAUAUCUUCAACAUCUGGUGGGAGAUGUGGACAAAUUUGACAAUUUUCUCAAAUCUUAUGUGAAGAAAUUUCAAUUUAAGAGCUUGGUAGCAGAAGAUACUUUAGGAUUCUUUUUUGAAUCAUUUCCAGAAUUGAAAAAUAAACAAGUAGAUAAAAUAAAAGGACUUGAGUUUGAUAAAUGGUUGAACACUCCUGGAUGGCCACCAUACGUUCCAGAUUUAUCAGCAGGGAAGGAAUUGACAAAGCCUGCAGAACAACUUGCCAACUUCUGGGCAGGAGAAACAACAGAAGGCGGUGACACAGAUAUAACCAAGUGGAAGACUUAUCAAGUUCUUCAUUUCUUGGACAAAGUCCUGGAGAAAGCAAGUGUACCUGAAAGUUCUAUUAAAAAGAUGGCCGAACAAUACACAUCCAUUUCACAAACACAUAAUGCUGAGGUACGUCUAAGAUGGUCACAGAUCAAUAUAAAGAACAACUACAUACAAGAUAUUUCAAAUAUUAGGGCUUUCUUAGUCAGCCAAGGAAAACAGAAAUACACAUUACCUGUAUACAAAGCCUUAAUGAAGAGUUCUGAGGAAAUGAAGAAAUUUGCCAAGGAGGUCUAUGCAGAGACCAAGAGUAUGCUUCAUGUUAAUGUCAGAAACUAUGUGGAGGAAAUACUGCAGAGAUAGAUAUGCAAUUGUACAAGUUUUGUACCAGGCAAUACAAUGCCUCAAAACUUUUUUCGACAAGUUUAUAUCUUCGACUAUGCACAAUUAUAUUUUGAACAAUGACCAACAAAUAUGAAUAAAUAUUGAUAUCUA